AUGCUCGAUGAAAAAUUCAAAGGUCUACACAUCCAUCCUUUAAUAGCAGAGGAUGAUGGUAAUUUUCUUAAUAUGGAUUACAAGGUCAAAGUAGCAGCAUAUAUCAAUAAAAUUGAUGAAUAUUAUGCUGAUAAACAUGUGCAAGGGAUGUAUUACUAUCCUAGACCUACUCUUCAAGAUAUAUUAUUAGAGAAGCAUGAACAUGUUAUUACCAACAGUGAUAGUGAUAUAAUUAUUGCUGGUUUUAUUGGCCAAUUAAAAGGUUGGUGGGAUGGUUAUUUAACCCAAGAACAGCGUGCUAAUAUCCUGAAUGCCAUAAAACGGGAGCAAGGAACUCAAGAAUCAGUUAUAGUUCCAAAUGUUGUUUAUUUAUUGGUUAUUAAUAUUAUAGAUCAUUUUUCAGGAAGAUGGUCGGAUAAUAACGAAACCAUUAGGACCAUGCUUCAGAAUUUAAGAUGCAAAAACCUUACUUCAUUUAGGUGGUACAAGGAUGUAUUCCUUUGUCGGGUUAUGGAAUUACCUGAGUGCAACAACACUCAUUGGAAAUCCAAAUUUAUAGAUGGAUUACCCACCCUAUUUGCAGAAAGAGUUAGAAAAUCUCUUAGAAAAGGAGAAAUUAAGAGACAUGGUCUGAAUGAAAGACAACAAUUAGGAGAAUUUUAUGGACAAUUUGGUAUGGAUAUUCCACAGACCAAGGCGCCUCAUAGGCAUAAGGAAAAGAAUAAAGAUUUCCAAGCAUGGAAAGAGAAACGCUUGCAAAAGAAAGCAAGGCGGAAAAAAGAAUUCAAGAAGAGGAAGGAUUAUGAAAGGAUUAAGAGCCUUGAUAUUGAUGAUGACCAAAAAGAAUCGUUAUACAAACUUUUAUUAAAUUUAGAACCAGAAGAUUCAGGUUUUAAGUCUGACAAAUCGGAGGACUCUUCAUCAAAUGAAGAUAUUAGAGUUCAUGAAAAUGAGAGUUAUACCUCUACCAGUUCAGAUGAAGAAUGUGCACCAUGUCAAAUGGGACAACCAUAUACUAGCAAGGAUGGCAAUAACCUUGUGGAUUUGUUAAAAAUUAUUAAAGAUCCAAAGCUUAGGUAUCAUAUCAUUGAUAAGGUGAAUGAAGCACCCAAGGAACCAGAAAUGCAGACUGAUGUUUAG